AUGGUGCCUCGUAUCCCAUUUGGCUGCUCGCACGCAACAGGGCCGUCCGCACCGCGCAACGAUAGCGACGCUGACAAGUCUGGGCGGCGAUUGCUGGGUGCUGGGGACUAUACGGAAGGAUACGGGUGCGAUUGGCGGCGCGGAAUCCCGGCCCCAGCCAGUAUCUUCGAGCUCGUGUCGGCGUUUUCCAGCCUCGCGCUUUCACUUCUCACAACCUCGUUACUUGCAACAGUUGACACUACGAACUCUCAGUAUCGCAUGGAUCGUGAGCGAACAGGUGCUCUCAAAGUAGCCAUAGAAGGAGCUAUACAUCCUGAUAAUGACAAAGAGCAAAUUGAUGGGAAAGAUCGUAGCGACUCUUGCUGCGAUGAUACCGACUGUAAAUGCGACGACACUUGUUUGGAGCAAUUAGCCAGAGCCAUAUGUGCUAACGAUGCUGGGCAUAUUCAUGAUCAUCAAGGUACUGAGGCCGAGCUGCAGGAUCAUAUCAAUAUACAUUCGGACUGCACUACCUGUUUCGCAGAAUCCGAUGAUGCUUCAAGGGGCAGUAACGCCGAUAAGAAAACCUCGGACUCAGAACAGAACGCUAUCGAGAGUGUUACAGUGAUAUCUCCCGCUACCCAUUUUCAUGAAAAGGGUGAUGCCUGUGGCCACAUCGGUCUUCGGAGGCGAUUCACCAGCCGCAGUGACACUGUCAUUGAUCCUUCAAGUCUUCCUUCCGAAGCCUGCGGUCUGCACUUGUCGUUCGCGCGCAAGCGUUAUCAGGAUACUUUGACUGCCUUUGGAUGCAUUUGCAAGGCGAUGCUUGCUCACGGCCUAAAGUCCUGCUGUACUACCGGACACUCGCAUCAAGCCCGCUCAUCUUCCCGACUUUCCUCUUCGGCGCGUUCGUCCUUACUUUCCGGGAGAAGUCGCUCGCCUACUGUUAGCUCUUGCUGUAAAAGCAGCUGUUGCUCUGAUGGACAAGCCAACUGCGCUCGUUCUAUCCGUCCAUCCCUCGACAAAGCGGCAACUUGUGGGUCUGAAUGUGGAACUGCCAGAUGUUACGAGGGCAAACGAUUCGCGUCGGCAUCCAGGGUCUCGGUUGAUUCCUGUUGUGACCGGCGUCGCAAUCCUCCCCGUUCUUUACAUGUUUCUGAGGUCGACUGUGACAAUAAGUUGUCCGAGAUCGUUGGGAUUUUGGGGGUUAGCGCGGCGGAGAAGGGGCUCAGUGGACCCAAGGAGCACGCCGUCGUUGCCAUCAGGGGGAUGACGUGUACUGGGUGCGAGAACAAAGUCAUCCGCGUCCUUCGUGGUAUCCCGGCCGUCCACAAUGUCAAGACCAGUCUUGUUCUCUGCCGUGCCGAGUUCGAUUUGGAAAACGGUAUAAUCAGUUUGCAGGAUCUGCUACAAAUUGUGGAGAAGCGUACAGGUUUUUCUGUCGAGGCCAUCAGCGCUGGGCCGACACGCGAGCUACGCUUCGCUAUGGAACACACCUUGAUUGAUGCAUUCGUAGCAAUGAUUAUGCCGGAAGGCGUGGAGUUCACUGGUCGCGUCGACAAAGGCUCAGCUGUUGUCGCAUACAACCCUCGUGUAACUGGAGCCCGCAAAAUCAUGGACCACUAUAAGGCAUUUUCCCCCUCGUUGGCUCCAGAACCGAGCGAUCCUGCACUCGUCGCUGGUAUAAAGCAUAUUCGGACCCUCGCGUUGCGCACGAUCACGUCCGCCACGCUCACCGUACCUGUUCUGAUUAUGGCCUGGGCGCCGCUGCCUCAGCAUCCGCGGGAAUAUGCAAUUGCGUCAUUCACGCUCGCGACCAUCGUCCAAAUUCUAAUAACCGGACCUGUCUACUUAAGCGCAUUCAAGAGCCUGUUUUUCUCAGGCCUGGUAGAAACGGAUUUGUUGAUUGUUCUGAGCACCACCACCGCAUAUGUCUACUCCGUCGUUGCCUUCGCUUUCGAAAUGAACGACCACCCACUAUCCGUAGGCGAAUUCUUCGAGACGAGCACCCUCCUUGUGACCCUAAUCAUGCUAGGGCAGCUCGUGAGUGCUGUCGCGCGCCAGCGGGCGAUUGAAGCAAUCUCCAUUCGCUCCUUGCAGCAGAAUACCGCAACUUUGAUCCAUUCUGACGACCGAAAAGAGGACGUGGACAUUCGUCUUUUGCAGUACGGCGAUGUUUUUGAAGUGUUGCCCGAUUCACCUAUCGUGACCGAUGGAACCGUACAAUCUGGUCAAAGCGAAGUGGAUGAGGCAAUGAUGACAGGCGAGUCUCGUCCUGUCAUCAAGGCUCCUGGAAGCAAGGUCAUUGCAGGCACAGUCAAUGGGCCGAGCACACUUAUGGUCGAGGUGGAUCGUCUGCCCGGAGAGAACACUAUCAGCGACAUAGCGGAGAUGGUCGACGACGCCCGUUUUUCGCGCGCAAAGGUGCAGGCAACAGUGGACAAGGUUUGCGGCUGGUUCGUCCCCAUUGUUCUCACCAUUGCCAUAGUUACUUUUGUUGCCUGGCUCGCUGUCGGACUAGCUGUGCGCAAGCAAUCUGGCAGCGAGGCUGCCAUCGUGGCGCUCACGUAUGCGAUCGCUGUCCUGGCCAUAUGCUGCCCUUGUGCGAUUGGUCUGGCCGUGCCCAUGGUGAUACUCGUAGCUGGUGGGGUGGCCGCGAAAGUUGGGCUGGUAUUCAAGGCUGCAACAACUAUCGAGUCUGCACGCAAUGUCUCUCAUGUUGUCUUCGAUAAGACUGGCACGCUCACACAGGGGCAUCUCGUAGUUAUUUCUAGCGACAUUCAUAAUCUGCCAGACGUCGACGUACAUUCUGCUAUCUAUGAUCUGGUCAAGUCCAGCAGGCACCCUGUUGCACGUGCUGUGGCAGACCAUCUAACGUCGGUGGAGAAAGCAGCUGGCACAACUCAGGUCAGCGAUGUGAAGAUGAUGACAGGUCAAGGAAUACAAGGCACUAUCGCUGACAGGAUUAUUCGCGGUGGUAGUGCUCGCUGGAUUGAAGUCGAGAACCAUCCCAUGGUUCAACCGCUUCUGUCAAAGGGCCUCACGACUUUUUGUGUCGCAUUCGGUGACCAACUUCUUGCAGUUUUCGGUCUCGGGGACGCUUUACGCCCAGAAUCUCUCUUUGUUGUCGACAACCUCAAGAAGCGCGGCAUUGCGGUCUCCAUCUUUAGUGGCGACCACCCAGCCGCAGUGGAGACGAUUGCAGUGGCCUUGGGCAUUCCUAUGGAGAACGCGAAGGCGGCCUGCAUGCCCGCAGAUAAACAGAGGUACAUCAAGGAAUUGGCUACCAGAAAUGAAGUAGUCCUCUUCUGCGGGGAUGGCGCAAACGAUGCUAUCGCGUUGGCACAGGCGGAUAUCGGUGUGCACUUACAUACUGGAGAAGGCGCUGGCUUUGCUGCAUCCACGGCCGCGGACGUUGUUUUGACCCAUCCUUCGCUUAUGGGCAUCCUGACGCUCUUGGAACUGUCCGAGGCGGUCUCUCGGAGAAUACUGCUAAAUUUCGCAUGGUCCGCUAUCUACAAUCUCGUAGCAAUUCUCUUCGCAGCCGGUGCAUUUGUUCAUGCAAGGAUUGCACCUGCUUAUGCCGGACUGGGGGAGAUUGUCAGUGUGGUGCCUGUAGUGCUAGUGGCUUUACAACUAAAGUGGUUCAAGCCGCAGCUGUAA